AUGGACCGAAAUCAACUCAUAGGAGAUGCCAGUAAGGCUUUGGUACCUACAUCUGGCCUUUCAACGGACGAGAUAGUGCAGAAAUACGUCAACUUGGGCGAUCUGAACCGCCAAAUUUUGAAGAAUGCUCGAGAUUUUAACAACGAAUUUUGGGUCAGAUACGAGAGCUACAUUGAUCUCAAGGAAGUCAAGCUUCGGGUAUGCCAGAACCUUUCAGAACAGCAUGGAAGUGGUCCUAUUUACCUUUUUGUUCACGGUUUAGGUGGAAAUAUGACACAAUUUGAGCCAUUGCUUAGAAUUUUGGCAGAGCUGAAUGAGGGAUUUGUAGGGCUGGAUUUGCCAGGAUUUGGAUACAGCAGUGAAUUGGAUCAAUAUGAUAUGGUUCAUGUUGUUGGAAUAGUGGAAGAAUUGCUACAAUUGCUCACGCAGCGCAGGAAAUUAGUCUUGGUCGGCCAUUCUUUGGGAUGCCAUGUUGUGAUGCAUUUCAUUUCCGAGUUUUCCUUCAAAUAUGAUAUAAGGGAAGCGCUUUUCCUUUCACCUGCAGCCCCCGAUCUGCCCCAGUUGAAAGCACCUCUCACAAAAUUGGGACUUGCUGUGCUUUCUAGGGUACCAGCACUGUUCGACUGGUACCGAAUCUAUCUCGAUCAAAAUAAGGGCCUCGAAAGCUCUGGCAUCAAACAAUUUCACCACCAAGCUGAUAUUUAUCGUAAACUGUGGCAAUUCUUUUACAAUGUGCAGAUCAAAAGCAAAUCGAUCAUUCAAUAUCUUCGGGGCUGGACCCCAAUAAACUGGUCUAGUGAAGCAGUGACAAGUUUACCAAGUGCUGUGGUAAUAACGGGGAAGCUGGACACGAUCACUCCGCUCUCUACUGCAACUUCAUUCUAUGAAGCACUCGCACCAGUCAAACGAAGGAACUUGAUAGUGGUGGAGGACUGUUCGCAUAAUAUCUGCUUCGAUAGACCAGACGAGAUUUCUAAGCUUUUCUUAGAUGUCGUUGAGCGACAUGGCUAA